ACUUGUCACUCAUAGAAUAACAAAGUCCAAGCCAUGAUUUAGUCCGCAGAACAGAGUAUCACAAAGUCUGAGAGCCGAGAUGAAUCGUACCACAUGGCGUCUCCACGUGCUUUGCUGAUGGAUUGGUCCUGGAUCCGGGAUUCUAGAUCCCCGGUGUUGCGGCUUAAUAACUACUGAAAUAAUCUGCAUUCCUGCCAGAGCUUCUAGACAUAAUAUUUGAUUUGACUUCUCUUUCGACUCAAGAUAUCCCCCGGUCGUUGUGUUUACUGCCAACAGAAUAAUAGCCAUCACCAUGAAGUUCUCCCUUCUCUCUCUGGCGGCCAUUGUGCCCCUGGCGGCCGCCCACUUCAAGCUCGAAUAUCCCCCCAGUCGAGGCUUUGACGAGGACAAAAUGCCCGAAUUCCCCUGCGGUGGCUUUCCUCAAUCAAGCAACCGCACCAAGCUCUCCCUAUCCGCCGACUCGAUCCCCGUCGCCUUGAUUCUGGGUCACAGCCAGACGGCUGCGGAGGUCCUCCUGGCUCUGGGAAACGACCCGGGAGACAACUAUAAUAUCACUCUGGCUCACACCUUUGGCAUCACCGGCCUAGGCGCCUUCUGCUUGCCAUCAGUCAGUUUGAAGGGAGUCCCAUUGACGGACGGUCUCAAUGCGACUGUGCAGGUUGUCACGGACGGAGAUAACGGCGGCGGUCUAUACGCGUGCGCCGACGUGACCUUCACAUCUGCUGUCACGAGCGACGAUGUAUCUGCAACGGUCUGCAAGAACAACACCGGUGUCACCGCAACCCCCUUCUCCGGUGCUGCUGCCGCCCGCAAUGCCAAUGAGUCUACUGCCGAUGGCCAGGCCCAGAGUGGUGCUGGAUCUAGCUCUUCUUCUUCUUCCGCCAGUGGAACUGCCGCCACGGCUACCUCCAAGGGUGCUGCUGCUCCCCUUGAGACGGCUGCCUGGGGAAUGAUGGGUGCUGCGCUGAUUGGUGGUCUUGCUGUGUUGUAGGGUGGUAUCUUGUCAUUUGGGCAGGUGUAUAUCGGUUAUCAUGAUUGUGAAUGAGUGACGAGUAUCUGUUGUAUCCGAUACCAAAAUAUUUCUGUUGGCUAGACAGUGUAGUGGAGCUUCUUCUAUGGCAUUGAGCUUUGGUGGCUCUGCUCACUCAAAAAAUAAAAAUAAAAAUAAAAAUCAGACAUCUCCAUAGCCAUAUUCAAAUGGGUAUCUGAUUCAUAAAUACUUUUUUUUUCUUUCCUCCA